AUGGAAGGCAAUGGAAUCAUUCAUGAUAGUAGCGUAGGAGCGGGGAGAAGGGACAAGAGAGAGGUGGGAGAGAAAUCGAUGGAAGAUUUAAGUAAAUAUGCACACAGUCCUGCUCACUUGGCUGUUGCCAGGCGCGACCAUGCUGCCCUGAGGCGCAUUGUUUCCGCCCUUCCUCGGCUUGCUAAGGCUGGGGAGGUCAACACGGAAGCUGAAUCUCUUGCUGCUGAACUUCAUUCGGACGAGGUUUCUUCUGUUAUUGAUCGCCGUGAUGUUGCUGGUAGGGAGACUCCUCUUCACCUUGCAGUGCGACUUCGUGAUCCAGUGUCUGCUGAGAUUCUGAUGGCUGCUGGUGCGGAUUGGAGUCUACAGAAUGAGCAUGGUUGGAGUGCUCUCCAAGAAGCAGUGUGCACUAGAGAGGAAGCUAUUGCCAUGAUUAUUGCGCGGCACUAUCAACCUUUGGCUUGGGCUAAAUGGUGUCGUAGGCUUCCCCGCAUUGUUGCUUCAGCGUCCCGAAUUCGUGAUUUUUAUAUGGAGAUAAGUUUUCAUUUUGAGAGCUCUGUCAUUCCUUUUAUUGGGCGAAUAGCUCCUUCUGACACUUAUAGGAUUUGGAAGCGUGGGUCUAAUCUCCGUGCUGACAUGACCCUUGCUGGUUUUGAUGGCUUACGCAUCCAACGAUCUGACCAGACAUUUUUGUUCCUUGGUGAGGGCUAUAUUGCAGAGGAGGGUAACUUAACUCUGCCACCUGGUUCUCUUAUUGCACUUUCUCAUAAGGAGAAGGAAAUCACAAAUGCUUUGGAAGGAGCUGGUACACAACCAUCUGAGUCUGAAGUUGCUCACGAGGUUUCCUUGAUGUCUCAGACGAAUAUGUAUAGACCAGGUAUUGACGUUACCCAGGCUGAGCUUGUUCCCCAUUUAAAUUGGAGACGGCAGGAGAAGACUGAGAUGGUUGGGAGUUGGAAGGCAAAAGUUUAUGACAUGCUUCAUGUGAUGGUUAGUGUGAAGUCAAGGCGGGUUCCAGGUGCUAUGACGGAUGAAGAGCUUUUUGCUGUGGAGGAUGGAGAAAGCAUGAUAAAUGGGGAAAACAAUGAUGAAUAUGAUGAUGUAUUGACUGCUGAGGAAAGAAUGCAAUUAGAUUCUGCACUACAUAUGGGGAACUCUGAUGGUACAUACGAGGAUGAGGAAAAUGGACCCUUUGAUGGUCAAGAAAAUGGUUCUGCAGCUAACUGUGAUAAUUCUGAAGCCAAUGGCAUGGUUAAAGAAAAGAAGAGCUGGUUUGGUUGGAACAAGAAAAAUUUGAAGGGCAGCAACGAUGACACUGAGGAUUCCAAAAGUGUGAAGAAAAAUUCCAAGUUUGGCUCAGAAGGUAGCAAUCAGAGAUCUGUCGAUCAGCAAAAGUUGGCAUCUGAGUCUCUGAAGGAGGAUAGUGGAGACACUAAGAAGGGAAAAGAUAAAAACAAUAAAAAGAAGAAGAAGAAAGGAACAAACAGUGAGUCAAAAAACGAGAGUGAGUAUAAAAAGGGUUUAAGACCCGUGUUGUGGUUGACGCCAGAUUUUCCUCUGAAAACUGAUGAGCUUCUGCCUCUACUGGACAUCUUAGCAAAUAAGGUUAAGGCUAUCAGAAGACUCAGAGAACUUUUGACGACUAAGCUUCCUCUUGGAACUUUUCCUGUCAAGGUUGCUAUUCCAAUAGUUCCUACCAUCCGGGUCCUCGUCACUUUUACGAAAUUUGAGGAGCUUCAGCCAGUAGAGGAGUUUUCAACUCCACUCUCCAGCCCAGCACAUUUCUAUGAUGCCAAAUCGAAGGAAUCAGAGGGCUCUAGUUCGUGGAUUUCAUGGAUGAAAGGAAGUCGUGGGGGGCAGUCCAGUGACUCUGAUAGUCACAGAUAUAAGGAUGAAGUUGAUCCUUUCAACAUACCUGGGGACUACAAAUGGGUGGACGCCAAUGAGAAGAAACGCAGAAUGAAGGCGAAGAAAGCCAAAAGUAAGAAACACAAGAAGCAGCAGACAGCGGCAAAAGGUGGAGAUGGAGUGCAUCAGAGGACGGAGGACGUAGAAGAAGAAUAA